GACACAUAUCCGGUUCGGCCCCUCCCCCGCUGCCAAACAUCUUACUAGGUACCAACAAUAUCACUGGCUUAUCCAUCUCUCGCUUCUAGAGAAGUUCGAUUUUUCUUAGAUGACCCUGUCACAUUCUUCUCCUAAUCGACCGAGACUCGAACAUUAUAAAUUUUGAGUGCCUAUUAUAUAUACCCAAUUGGGAGUUAAAGGCUUGGAUGUUAUUAGACAUUUUUCAUUUACACGAACGGGCAACAUAAAUAUAGGUAUUUAACCUAGUCGGGAGAAGCACGACGUGUAGCUAGCAACAUGUCCGACCCAUCUGCCAAGACACCGGCGACAGCGUCGGGUACGGCUACUACGGGUGCUACCGCUGCACCAGCAACAUCGUCCAAACCGGGAUCGCAAGCUGUAUCGCCAGCAGCAGACGCUCCCUCGCCCGAAUCUCAGACAUCACAGACCAGUAAUCCUCAUAUUCUUCCCGCGUCGCAUUGGGCUCAGUUACCGCCUGUGAACGUGCGCGAGGAUGAUGAUUCGGCCUUUGAAGAUGCCGCCAGCUCGACCGCGUCGUUAACUGCUAGUAUCCUCGAGUAUCGAACUGUUCAUGGUCGCACAUAUCAUAGCGAACGCGGUAACGCGUUAUCUUGGGGCCCUAACGAUGCUAUUCACGAUGAGUCCAUGGAUAUCUUUCAUCAUAUCGCGACGAUAAUGCUGGAUGGGAAAAUCCUUGCUGCUCCUCUUAGUGACGAUGUUCAAAAAGUAUUAGACGUGGGUUGCGGUACUGGGAUAUGGGCAAUUGACUUUGCCGAUCAGUAUCCCAACGCCGAAGUGAUCGGUGUCGACGUUUCACCGCAGCAGCCGCAAUGGAUCCCGCCUAACCUAAGAUUCGAGGUAGACGACGUAACACAGCCGUGGACGUACGAGCCUGAUAGCUUCGACUAUAUCCACAUACGUUGGCUAGUAGGUGCUAUUCCAGACUGGUACGCCUUGUUCAGAGAAGCCUACCAGGCGCUAAAGCCCGGCGGAUACUUGGAGAGUCAGGAAUCUUCGUGUAUGAUAACGAGCGACGACGGCACAGUUAAAGACGGGUCCCCUCUAGAUCAGUGGAGCAAGGUAUUCUCCGAGGCUGGAAAGAAGACAGGUCGCACGUUCAACGUCAUAGAAGAUGACUUGCAAAGGAAAGCGAUGGAGGCCGCGGGCUUCGAAAUUACUUACGAGACCGACAUCAAGACCGCAUUAAGUGGGUGGCCGCGAGACGAGAAACUCAGACAGAUUGGCUUGUACACCGGGCUUGCCGUGGGACAGGACAUCGAAGGAUUUUUGACGUUCUUGUGGACUAUGGUGAUGGGCUGGACUCCGGCGGAGAUCCAGGUCUAUGCUGCACAUCUACGACGCGAUAUGCGCUCACCUAAUAUCCACGCCUAUUACCCUACGAGAAUAAUGGUUGGUCGGAAACCUCUGACGGCAGGAACCGCCUCGUGAUGGCCACAUGUUUAUGUAUUUCUACUUUACAGACAUGUGGUCCCUGAAGGCUUCUAUACGACAUUUAUUCAUCUGUCUGAAUAGAUGGAAAGC